AUGGAAUAUUGGAAAUCUUACCGGACGCUGAAAUUUGCAAGGGAAAUCGUUCAGGGAACACCUGAGAGUGGGUUUGAACGCUUGCAUUCUUACUUAUACAUGAUAAUAAGAGAAAAUCCGAGUACAGUUGCGCGUCUUCAAAUCGAUGAGAAUGGAAAAUUCAUGUAUGUGUUUCUUGCGUUUGGUGCGAGCGUAAAUGGGUUUCCUUUCAUGCGCAAAGUUGUGGUUGUCGACGCCUUCGUAGUGGUUGACACUGAAAAUGAUGAUUCCUGGCAUUGGUUUUUUACGCAACUAAAACUUUUGAUUCCUGACGACGAGGGUCUUGCGAUAAUCUCGGAUAGGCAUAACUCGAUUGGGAAAGCAAUUACAAAUGUGUAUCCGCUUGCUUCUCGUGGAAUUUGCACGUACCAUCUAUAUAAGAAUAUACUGGGACAUUACAAAGGAAAAGAUGCAUUUCGUCUGGUGAAGAAAGCGGCGAGAUGUUUUAGGAUGUCUGACUUUACUCAGAUUUUCGAGGAGAUUGAAGCGAUUAAUCCAGCACUCCACGGCUACCUCCAAAGGGCUGAUGUCCGACUGUGGACGCGUGUUCAUUUUCCGGGCGAGAGGUACAAUUUGAUGACUACGAACAUAGCUGAAUCAAUGAACAGAGCAUUGUCGAAUGCUAGAGGUCUUAACAUUGUUCGGAUAUUAGAAUCGAUACGGGUUAUGAUGACCAGACGGUUUGCUGAACGAAGAGAGGAUGCCAGAUCGCAGCGAACCACGCUUACUCGUGGUGUGGAGAAACUACUACAUGGUCGUGUAACUGCCGCCAGAGAUUUGGCGGUACAGAGGAUUGAUGAUCAUCACACUGAAGUUAAAUAUGGAUUUUCCGGCGAGUCUUUGCAUGUUGUUAAUUUGGUAGAGCGAAAGUGCACAUGUCGCCGUUUCGAACUCGAGAAAUUACCAUGUGUACACGCAAUCGCAGCGGCGGAGUACAUGAAUGUUUCUCGUAUAUCCCUGUGCAGUCUUUACUAUACCAGCAAUUAUUUGGUUAGCGCAUACUCUGAAUCGGUCAUGCCGGUUGAUUCAGCGCAACCUGUUCCAGAACUCGUGGCUAACCAACGCUGCUUGCCCCCGACUGUACGUCAACCACCAGGCAGACCGAAGAAAAAUAGGAUGAAAUCUGCUUUAGAAGUUGCAUUAUCAAACAAACGUCCUAGGAAAGAGCACACAUGUUCUCGAUGUAGACAGAGUGGUCAUAAUGCGAAAACUUGUCCGAUGUAA